CUGUGUCACAAUCCUUUGCCUGUUUUAUUUUCAGAUGCAACCAGACCUGAAUUUAACAAGGCACACAGAAUAGAACAGAUCUGAAACUGCCUGAACUGACUUAACCCUGAAACUUACUGACUAAACUAAGUACUGAGGAAACACAUUAACGCAGGAACCAAAGCAUUUCCUUUUUGAGGGGCAGUGGAAGUUGGUCAUGAAGAAGCUGAAGUUUUUCUAGUGGUAUGUUUGAACCUAUUUAUAUUUGGGUGGAGGCGGACGGGGGUUUCCAGUCCAGCUACUGAUUUUGUCCUGAACCCCUCCUUACAAGCCCAGACACAGGUCCAAUUUGAAUUUUGUUGCCAUUUGAACAAUAAAACCGAAAUUAUACAGGCAGCAUUUUCCUUUGGUACUGCAUACCCUCAACUGAACAACAUUUGUAUUCUUACACACAAACGCGGCUGUGCCCUGUGUUAUGCCACAGGUCAGCUGUUUGGGUCAGACAUUUACAGCCUGUCCAAGAGCAGUGUACAGCACCAAAACAUUUGGCCAAAAUAUGGAAUACACGGAAUCGGAUAUGUACUGUAUUUAUUUAGGUGGGCCUUCUUUUAGGUGGCUGAAUUAUGUCUCGCUGUGGGUAUCAUUUACAGCAGUACAAUGUUCUGCUUCCCUGCUAGAGCUACAUGCACAGUCCUCUAUUGCAGAUAAUACAGACUACAGAUAAGUACCUCAUUCAGCCCCACAUCAAAAGACCUGAACUAUCACUUGAAACACGCAACAAAAGAAAUUAAUGCAAAUGACUUAGAUUGCAGAUGUGCUGGCUGCUUAGUCCAGAAGUACACAUUGGUUAUUUUGCAUUGAGAGAUUAUUUGGUUUGUAAAAUAUCUGAGCUCAACCGUAAUGUUUCUGAGCUGUAGGUAGGCUGUUGCAAGGAUAUUUGCAGUUUGCUGACAAGGUUUACUAAAAGCUUGGACAUAUUUACCUACAAUCUGUUUAAUAGUGCUUUUAAAUAGGGCCCGAUAUGGCCUUAUAAUGAUAUCACAAUAUCUUAAAGCAAGUAUUACAAUAAGUACAACUGUCCGACAAGUUCAGAAAAUCUGAUUAAAUCAGGUUCAAGGAUUAAUCAACACUGUAAACAUCACAUCCUACUGUCCACUAGACAUUAGAAAUAGUACAACUGUAUGAAUAGUAAUGCUGAUGACCAGGGCUGCUGGUAUUACUUUAAUUUUAACAGUUUGUUACAGCAAAAGGUGACUGCGUACUGCCAUUGAGAUAAAAUUACUAAAGCCUGCUUUUACUUUCUGUCAAAGCUGAGAUUGGAACUGCCUCAGAUUCGGUAGAUUUGUUACGUUGUCAUGUAAGAAAAAGCUAAAAUCAGGUCUGAUGGCAACAUCCUCCUGAGAAGUUAAUUGUACUGAAGUGAGGAGAGAACUUGAAAUGGAGGUAACCAGGAGGAAAGAUAAGGAAAGACUGAUAAACAUUGUGUGUCAGUAAUUUGACUCCAGGUCUCUGCUGUGAUGUGAGUGUUUACUCUACUGCAGAUUGCUUUUUAAAAAUGUGUACCCAUUAUCUGCUAUGAACCAGGAGUUAGGCCAAUUCAAUGAGGUAAGAUGACCUUGAUGAUGAGUAUCAUCAAAUUUUGUUGUCAGUUUCUGUUUUGGUCAAUGCCAGCACAAUAUGCUGAGGAAAAAAGAGUUGAUUUCUUUUAGCAAAAGUUAGUGUCAACUGUGAUUUUGACAUUUUUGUUCUGUGGAAGAUUUUCUUUAUAGGUGACAGGUAAAUGUCAGCAGAUAGCUUCAUUUUAAUCACCUAUGCAAAUUAUCAACAUAAAAAAGUCAAGCAAUAUUUUAAAAGUGAAUUAACAGAAAAGUCAUUUCAAUUUAGGCUCAGAUUUGAAAGAAAAUAUGUUCAUUAACAAGACAGAAGGUUUCGCCUUGAUACCCACUGUUUUGGAAUAGAUAAGGUCGUUUUCAAUGCAGGUACAUUGGUAAGAUGAUUUAGAUAACUAGAAGGUUCCAGAUGGUCAGUUGUAGAUUAUGCUUAUACCAAACUGCCACCAUAACCACCAGUCUAGAGAAAUGAUACCACGAGAGAGGGAAAAAUGAAUCAAGAGCAUCUCAGAGUUUAGAUUAGCAUCAGGGUAAGAAGAAGCAGUUGUUAUUUCCUGAAACUGCAUUCAGUGCUCAGAACACAAACUAGAUGAUGUGCUGAUGUUAAAGAAAUCAAUUUAUCACUUCUCUGCAUGUUCACAUCCUGCUCAGCUCACAACACACUAGCACUACACUUACCUUAGUGCUAUCAGCAACACAAUUUUUGAAAAAAAUGACAAAGUGUAACUUCGUACAUCUGCAGCAGAAUACCAGUCAGCUCAGUAAGACACUGAUAUAUUUUCUGUAAGGAUGGGUGGUGUAUUGGUUUAAUCACGAUCUUUGGUGUCAUAUCCUGCUACGACAUGGAUUUGGCAAUGCUGCCACUACUGUCAUAAGUGUUUCAGUAUCUUAAAUGUUAUGUGCUUUACUGUGGCUGCAGUAACAUGCAGUCAGGGGGCUAAACACAUUCUCUUUCCUCACUAACUCUAACUUUGGCGACACAAACACGAAAGGUUAACAACGCACCCCUAUUGCCCUGUAAUGAACUACCCUCAGCCCCAGAGGUGUAGUGCUAUUUUUUAAAAUACCAGAGCGCACUUGCAGAACGCGGGUGAGCGUAAACGCACAUGGUUAUCUUGUGGCUUGUUUCAGAAGGUCAGUUAAGAUCAAGUUUGUUUUUUACCCUUAUUCUCAAGAAGAUCAUUAACUUGCCCUUUUAGCUCUUCCAAAAAAAAUGAGAGGAUGUUUACCCCUAUGCUCACUGAAGAAAAAAAUAUAUUCUAAUUUGAGUAUACGGUCAUAUUUCCCUUCCCUAGUUUACAGUGACAUGUUGACCUUGGUGUUUGCCGUGUGAAUGCGGUUAAUUUAACUUUAUACUCCAGGGUCGAGUUUUAAAUAGUGACAGAUUUCCUGUAAUAAUCUUAAAUCUUAACCUUUCUAUGAAGAUAAGACUCAAAGCAGUUUAUGUGAGCUAAUGGGAAUCCACAAGUAUAAGCGAGUAUUUAUCUGAAAACCAAUCCCAUUUGUCCUCAUGAAAUUUUAAACAGCUUUCUAUUGACACAUUAAAAACUCUAGGACUCUUACUGUAACAUUUUCUUUUCAUUCAUAUAAUCUUCUGCAACAGCCAGCAGUUUUUUAAAUGGAGUAUUCAAAGUUGAACACUAUCUGACAAUGAUAAAAAAGUAAACAAAUAUAGUUGCAAAUACACAAAUGCAAAGCAUUACAGAGAGAGCACAGUGGUUAAGGACUUCCUCAAAGGUUUCACAAGACAGAGAUGAGUGAUAACAGCGCAGCACAUUCACACUCACAUCCAGUCUCGUCACACCCUUACAUAUCGAACCUAAACUGGAGAAGUAGCACAAUGGCUGUGGGAGAGGUUAUCUACACGUUGGUGGAGGUGCUCAUCGCUGUUUGCUGCUGUCUUGGGAAUAUGUUGGUUAUUUUGGCACUUUGGACAAGUAAAAUCAUUAAGCAGCCUACCUUCUGCCUCAUUGUCUCUUUGGCUGUGGCUGACUUCAUGGUUGGCUGCUUGGCCAUCCCGUUGGCUGUUACUGUCGACAGACGAGUGAAGACUUCGUUCCAUGGCUGUCUCUUCAUCAGCUGUGUGAUCAUCCUGUUGACCCUGGUCUCAGUUUUGUCUCUCAUGGCCAUUGCAGUUGACAGAUUCCUCCGGGUGUAUAUCCCUCUCAGGUACAAAAGGACUGUAACAGAGAGACUCUCUUGGCUUGUGGUAGCAGCAUGUUGGCUUGUUGCAAUACCACUGAGUUUUGCUCCCAUGCUUGGAUGGUACAACCAUGACACCUUCUCUAAGUCCGUCAACUCUACUAUUGAGUGCGAGUUUAUAGCAGUGAUUCCAAUGUCAUACCUGGUUUACUUCAACUUUUUUCUCUGCACCCUCAUCCCUCUGAUGGUGAUGAUUGUUUUGUACGUCUACAUUUUCUGCAAUAUUCGAGUUAAACUUCGUGAGAAACCAGGCAACGGAUUCCAAAACCAGUCCCAGAGCUACCUAAGGAAAGAGAAACAACUGGCAGGAUCCCUGUCUCUGGUCUUGGCUCUGUUUGCCCUGUCGUGGCUCCCUUUACACACAAUGAAUUGCAUCGCUUACUUUGGUCAGAUCAAUGUACCGGAAUUAGCUUUCUAUAUUGGAAUCCUGCUUUCUCAUGCUAACUCAGCUGUAAACCCAGUUGUGUAUGCGUUCAAAAUACAAAAGAUCAAGGCUGCAUAUCUGAAGCUCUGGAAAGAGUAUGGUACAUGUGGAGAAGAGCAAGGAUCUCAGACAAGCCAUACAACAGACAAUGUCAGUAGUAACUUGAACAGUGAGGCAAAAAAUUAAUGACAGAAAACCUCCUGGUUUGCCUCUUUGUUUUCAAGGACCACGUUUGAUUGACUGUUGGACAUACAGUAAAUAAUUUAAAAUAUUGUGUAAAAAGGUAAGAAAGCUAGUUUUUAAUUGGUGAAGAUGACCGUCUGUAUAAGCUAAUCUAAACAUGUGCACUGAAAGAUUGGUACAGAACUCUGGUUGUGUUUGUGUGCCCUGUAAAUAUGGGUUCAUUGCGAAAACUGUAGAAGAAAAAGGCAACUUCCACUUGUCUUAAAAAGCUUUAGUUUCAUAUCACUUUUGUCUUUCUGUUUCUGUUCAACUUCCACUUCUUCAUUGUUCAUUUCAACAGAAAGCACACCCUGUCUUGGACAUUGCCUUAGUGAAAUUUGAAAAAUGCAAUUUGUACAUUAUAUAUACUAAAGCUUAGAUAUAUAAAGCUGAAAUAAUAUGCUCUGUACAGAGUGUACACCUAAAUGAAAAGAAAAAUGUUCGCACAAGUGUACGAUGUAACAUAAUCAGUUCCUCCACAACAUUUUCUUUGUUAUUUGGUCAGACAGGCGUUAAGUCAGCAAAUUCUGAAAUCAGUCAGGAAUUCUUUAAAUCUGUAGGUACACCCUGUUAUAUGAAUUGGAUUACAAAGAAAUAUUUUUUAUCAUAUUUUGUCCUCCCCCCAUGUGAACCAGUAGACAAGACAUGAGAUACUAAUUUCAAAAUAGUGCAGUGUUAUACCGCAACACCACAGAGUACAGCCUCCCAAGUGACAAAAUUGUUGUGUCAAAUAGUUGCUGACACAGUUUCAAGUCCCAGAAAUGAAACAUCUUUUUGCAGAGCUUUUCUAUUGGCUAGCAUUACAUUUCACAGAUGUUCACGUUGUUCUGGUCAGUUGGUUCACCAAUACAUGACCAACUACCAAUUGUACUAACAACAUAACCAGUUGUUCCCAAGCUUUUACCUGAGGGCCCCAUUUUUCUAUCAUUGAGUUAACUGAUGACCUCUGACUAAUUAAUAUAUUUUAUGAAUAUUUCAUUUGAUAUUCAGUGCAUAACAACAGGACAGACCAAUUUACAAACUGUAUAGUUACACAAUAACUGCUGGAGGUUUCUGUGAAACAAGCCAUUUAGAUGAGCAGAGGCUUUUAAACAGAUUAUUUCCUGUGAAUACUGCAUCAGAGACGAUUAUAUCUGAUAUUCUGUCUUAUGAUUUUAUUCGCGUUGCACAAUCAUACCUACUUAAUGGCAUUGUUUUGCAUAAAGUCAGUGUUUUUCUUCCUGAUGCAUGGUCAUUGUUCUAGCAUUUCCUUUUUUCACUACAUACUUAUUUAAUACAGGAUGAACCUGUUUAACAGAAAAUGAA